UUUUGUUGGUAACAUGUAGCAUUGAAAAAAAUGUUAUAUAUUUGAACUAUUUUUUUUGCUUUGUCAUCAAUACUAUACUAGUGAAUUGCCAAAUGCCAAGUGUUGAUUAUAGAUGGCACCAACGGAGACCUCAAAUGACAAGAUAAGAUUCAUAACCAUACCAUUCAUUGAGUGAGUUUCUGGUUUUGGUAAAGUCCAAUUGGACAUUCUCAUCAAAAUAAAAUAUUUCCAGAACUCUAUCUCCUUUCCUUUCAGCAAGAAAUAACUAGACACUAGAUGAGUUGUAAAAUAAACUCCCUAAACCCACCAAUUCCAUGCAGAUUUUACACCAAGAAACCAAAGAUUACUAAAAUCAAAACCAUCAUCUUAUGUUCCAGUGAUGAGCAACAAAAAACCAUUACCACCAGCACUGCCAUUGAAACCCCAACAACUGAGGCUUAUAGUGUCAGUUUCAAGACAAAGAGAGCUUGCAAGCUUGGAAUUUCAUGGUACCCUGACUUUGAAUAUGAUGCAGAAGGAGGAAUGGGAACUGGGCCUGGUGCAAAGGUAACAGAAAAUCAAGCUAACAAUAAUGACCUUCUUGUUUCAUUUGAUCUUGAAACUCUGUAUAUUCCACCACUGACAAGUUCUACAACCAAGUUUCUUGGAUUACCACUGCCUCCACUUUUGAAGAUUGAUAUAGUUCCACAAGCACUCCAAGGAAGUGUUAACCAGGAAUCUGGCAAGGUUGAUCUUGAGUUCAAGGCCAAGUUCUUGUUUUCUAUUGGGAGUCUCUAUAAGGCUCCACCACUGUUGGUGAAGACAGUUUUGACAACUGAAGAAUCAAAAGGGACAGUGAAGAGUGGAAGAGGCAAGAGAUUGGAUGAAGCUGGGAACUGCACACUGGUUGGUGUUGCAACAGUUGAUCCUAUUGAUGAUUUCCUUUUGAAUUCCUUCCUUAGCCUUCCAACUGAGUGCAUUGCCAUCCUAAAUGCUGAAAUCUCCAUUGCUUCCUCUUCUUCUUAAGAUCUCCUCACAAAAUUUGGAUUUAGUUUAAAACCAAUUUAUAGUCAUGGUAUGCACAUUGGAAAUUCAAUUCGAGGUUCAAUGAAGGCAACAGUUAAAACUAGACUAGUUUAGCUGUUUGAGCCAAGUGACCUGUCAUAUGUAAUGUAAGCUUUUUGUAUAGCAUUUUGUAGUCAUGCUAGAACCUCUUCAUUAUAGUCACUAUAUCCAAAUCAGAAAUUCAGCGAAAUGGUGCAAUUGUAUAGCACUGCCCAUAGCAAUUCUACUUUGUGUUGCUUAUACAAAAAACACAGUAAUCUUUUCUCCAUUAAUCAUAUGCCCUCGUGGGAAUUGCUGAGAAUAA